AUGACCGCUCUGCUGCAAUCCUCAGCAGCGGAGACGGAGGGCCGCAAGAGCAAUCUAGCGAAGCAGGCGGAAAUUAUGUUGGAAGUAACAUCUUGUUGAGUGUGAGUUAGUAGUAGACUGAGAGAGUGGCAGUUUCUAGACUAAGAGAGUGCUUAUCUACAUGAGACUGACAUUGUCAUAACACGUCAGACGAGUAAAAUCAACUGCAGCUGCGCUUUUUACACCUUAGACUAAGAGCAUUCAUCAUGGUUUCAUGUUUCUGUUCCAACCUAGGGGACAUCGAGAACGGUGUUUGUCUCUUCUUCUAAGUGUCAUUGUCGAGGACAAGCGGAGAUCUCUUCGCAAAUGAUGCAGCAGGCGCGUGACGAGUUAAACGUUCUGAACGGCCGCAUUGCACGACUCACAGCCCAGCAAGGGCAGUCGCGUGCAGACUUAGAGCUACUAUCUCGCAAAAAAACUGCUGUUGAUACUGACCGAUCAAGGGGUUUGCAUUAUGACAUUGUGUAAAGUUGGUUGUAGCGGAUGAUUCAAAUCAAAAUUGAUCUUGGCUUGGUGGAUGUCAAAGUCAAAACUGAUCGGUGAUUGUAUCUUGGUUGGAUGAUGAAGAUGAAAAAGGUGGUGGCGAUAAGGCGAGGAUAGAGCACGAUGAUAGGAGAAGAAAGGAGAAGAAGAACGUAGCACAAGUCUCGAAAAAAUAUGAUAGAAGAUAUUAGACACUGUAAAUCAUCUUGUAUGUUGCUCUAUCGUGAACAACCUCUACGCCAUUGUUAUCCAAAAUUCCCCUUCAUUCCUCGCAAUGCGAAGAGGAGCUUGCAGAGUCUGAUGAUGCUAUUUGCAAGUUGCGAAAAGCCCGUGGCGAGAUGAUGACAAUGCGGGGUAUCAAAGGCCUACCUCAAGACUGUGAAGUCUCAGAAUGGGAAGGAAACCAAGCCGAUUGUACUGCGCAUUGUGCUGUGGGAAGCUGUAUGGACGAAGGAAUUUAUUUUGUGUAGAUUCUGAUCGUAUAAUAGGUCUCUUAUAAUCGUAUAAAUAUCUUUAAUUGAAGAGCCGCGGACCUUCAACCUUGAACCUUGAAUCUAGAUGUACGUCGUAGUGAUUAGAAUUAGUUCUAGAACAACAAGAUCCUCUACCACUGUUCAAGACUUAGUACAUUAAGUUUGGAAGAUCUGAAAUGCAUGCUGACCGUCAUCAUUUGAGCUGCGAAACGGAUGGCCUUCUUUUACGCUACUCGAGAGGUGGUCGCCUCAAAUAACGAGCUUGGAAUGCAGUGCCCCAACGAGAUGAAACGGAAAAUGGUACAUGAACCUUCAACCUAGCGGUUGUACAACAUAGGUGAGUUCUUGUACAUAUUUGAAAUGUUCUUGCUUUACCGAGACGCAGAAAAUCUUCCGCUCCUUCAUCCGAGACGUAUAAAAUUCACAACCUACUACCACCAGGCCUGUCCCUCAUCUGCUUGUGCUGUGGACUGCGAAGUCAGUGACUGGUCUGAAUGGAGCGAGUGUUCGGCCCAUUGUGGGCCUGGCGUGCGCCAUAGGAUUCGCCAUGUACUCCGCGAGGCCGCGGCCGGUGGAAAGCAGUGUCCCUCCACGUCCGACAUGGAAAACUGCGUAGCACGCAGCUGCAAUCAGGAUUGUUAUGAUGCAUUUAUCCAUUUUGUUGAUUCAUGAGAAUGAGUGAAUCAUGUGGUUUGUCGACUACGCCCGGCAAUGGGGAGACGAAGUGAGUGGCACUAAUAACUAAUAGCAGACUGCUGGUAGUUGACUCGUGAAUACGUGUAACUCCGUUGUUGAUCGCGGAAGGAUGGGAACCCUUGGUUUACUAAUUAUACGUGGGAUGAUAUUGUGAUUUCCUCUAACUCAGUCUCAGCGUCCUCUCCAAUUGGACUAGUUUACAGCUCCCUCAAACUGGUCUCUAAUUAGGCGUCCUUUCCGACUGGACCUCCUGGGAUCAGUGUUCGCAGACGUGUGGCACUGGGCUUCAAUUGCGUCGACGUGAUGUGGUCGCGGUACCUGAGGGAGCAGGUACUUGCGCAGCGCCGAGUUCACCGCUCAGACGCGAGUUUCGACCUUGUGGUGUAGAAGAUGCUGGAUCUAAGAAUAUGAAUACUACUAGUACUCCUGUGGGUACUACAUCAUCGAGUUCGUCUUUGGCUAGCAGUAGUAUCAGCACCUCCACAGAACAACAUAGUGCCACCUGCCAAGGCCGCACCUGUCAAGGACACACUGAUUUGGUCGUUCUGCUCGAUGUUUCCUCUGGCGCAGAUGUCGCGAACAACGUCAAAGCAGUGUCCAAGAUGUUGGAGAGCAUGAAAUUGGAGAAGAAAACGAAUGUCCAAGUAAGCGUAGUCGCAGUGAGGGGGCCUAGCUUCUUGGAGAUUCUUGGUGCCUCGUCUCCUGCAACUUACGCUAGUCAGAAACGGGCAGCACUUAUGGUUAGCUUUUGUCCUUCUGUCUCAGCAUCUCGGUGCCUUUUUUCCAUGAAAGAAGAAGAAAAGGGAGAUGAGGGUAUAAUAAGAGGGUAUAGUUGAGAUGAGGCUCGCGAGAUGGAAAAAGCCUUACACACUCCAAAGCGGAAAUGGCAAGAGAGCCAACAGAAGAUCAAACUGCUAGCGAAGACGAGGGAUCAAAAUCUUCAGCGAAAGCGACUGCGGAAACACUGGUACAAUGGAGUUAUGAAUGAUGUUCUCCUAUCCCAUACGAAACACUAGUACAAUGGAGUUCCAUCCUUACGACCAUCCUGGCACUGAUUUCAAGGGGGGAAAGUGCCAGGAUGAUCUGGCUAGAUGGAAAAAACAACAUUCAUAGGAGUGCAGACUUGACAGGAGAAAUUGUGCCUGCACUGCAAAAGGCACUAGCGAGUGGGGCAAGUGGAACUGGAACGACGACUGGAGCGAACGGACCGACCAACGGCCCAUUCGACAUUUGGCGGGGUCUUUAUGUGCUUCUUACCAGACAUCUGAAAUUAUUCGAUCAUUUCCUUUUUUGAUUACACUGAGUUUCUUGAUAUAUAUGAAUGUCAUUUCUAUUUUUUUCUCCUUCGCUUUCAUCCUCCCGCUCUCGCUCGUGCACUGUUUUCAGCGCCAGGUGCGAGACAGGACGCACAACAGAAAGUGCUAGUUUUCAGUUCUAGCAACUUCCUGCCGAAUUUUGCAGCACUGUCAAUGCUUCAGGAACAGCGCUUCCGCGCUCAUCUCGUUGCCGUAAAAAUUGGUGGGAUGAGCAGUUAUGUGAAAGAGGUUUUUUUGUUCACUUGUUAUGUGAACAAGGAGUUUAUAAACUUUUUUUUACUUGUGUUGUAGUUCUUGUAAAAAUUACAGUAGAGAGUUUCAUUUCAAGGUCAACGGGGGCGGAACAAUUUGCAAAUGCUCUUCUAAACUAUUCUGUCGCAGUCAGCAUGGGUUGAGGUUUCCAAGGAGUUGAAUCAGAAUUAUCCGAAAGCUACGAUCAAUCGCAGCGUCUUCCAGUUUGCGAGCGUGGAUUCCUUUCUGACACAUUAUGUCGAAAAGGUGCUCCCGAGCUUAUGCGGCGUCGAUUUGAGGGUCUAGAAGUGGUUGGUGUGGUUGGUGUGAGAGUGAGGACUAAGGAUACCUACGCCUAAAAAAAAGAAAAAGUAAUAAGUAGGAGGUCGUGUUGGCCACAGGAGUCCGGAUGUAACUUGACAAAUAUCAACUCAAUUUUUUUCCAUUUUUUUCCAAUCUCAGACUCACUUCGAAGGAAGAUCUUCUCCAAGUACAACGUACAACUAGACAGAUGAUAAAUUCCUGUAGUCUGUCCUCCAGUGAAGAUGGGAGGUGAUCAGCAAAGCCGCUUCUUGAACAGGAAGGAAGCACGAUAAUGUGGGGUUGUGGAAUCUUUGCACAUCAGAUUUGAUGUUCGGUGGUCUUUACUGGGUGUUCCGUGAAAAGACACAAUAAAAGUAGUUUGACGGCGGGCCA